GCACAACACGGCCACAGCAGCAGCAUAAGCAGCACUUUGAAGUAGGGGGAGAAUUGAAUAGAGGGUAAGAAGAAGAAGAAGAAGAUGGUAACAAGAACAGAAGAAGAAGAGGUGAACAGAUUGGAGAAUCAAGUAGAGAAUGGAGGGGGAGGUGUUUGGGAAUAUCUUUGUCUUGUCCAUAAACUCAAGCUCCGUCGAUCUGAUAUGGUGUUGAAGCAUGGGCUCUCCAUUCUCAAUGAUUCCAAAAAGAGAUCUGCUCUUGGACCUGAAGAAUGGACCCUAUAUGAACAGGUCGCUGUUGCAGCUAUGGAUUGUCAAUCUAUUGAUGUGGCAAAGGACUGCAUAAAGGUUUUGCAAAGAAAGUUUCCAGGGAGCAAAAGAGUUGGUAGGCUAGAAGCUAUGUUGCUUGAGGCCAGGGGAUUAUGGUCAGAGGCAGAAAAUGCUUACUCAAGCCUUUUGGAGGAAAAUCCAUUUGAUCAGGUUGUACAUAAGAGGAGGGUAGCCAUGGCAAAGGCGCAAGGCAAUACAUCAGCAGCAAUUGACUGGCUUAACAAGUAUCUUGACUUAUUCAUGGCUGAUCAUGAAGCUUGGAGAGAGCUUGCUGAAAUAUAUGUUUCCUUGCAAAUGUACAAGCAAGCAGCUUUCUGCUAUGAGGAGCUCAUCUUGUCUCAACCUACAGUUCCUUUAUAUCACCUAGCCUACGCUGAUGUGCUCUAUACACUUGGUGGACUAGAAAAUCUUCAGACGGCAAAGAAAUAUUAUGCAUCUACCAUAGACUUGACUGGUGGCAAGAAUACCAGAGCACUUUUUGGCAUAUGUUUGUGUACGUCUGCCAUCGGGCAACUGACUAAAGGACGAAACAAGGAGGAUAAAGAGAGCCCAGAGCUUCAAUCUCUGUCGGCAAUGGCAUUGGAAAAAGACUAUAAGCAGAGAGCUCCCAGCAGGCUGUCGGUGCUUAGUUCAACAUUGAGAAGCUUGAAAAUCUGACCUAACCACAUUAGCAUAUAGUUUUAUUGGAAGCAGCACCAUACUGUUCACAGCGUGCACUUCAAGAUUCCAAGUCUGUCAAUCUGCUUAAUUACCCCUUUUUGCAGAAUUUUUUUUUCCCAAUAGUUUUCAUUCUUCUACUCUUUGCAUUAUUUUACUUAUUUGUGGAAGUGCUGUUUCACUUAUUUAAGUAGGGGAAGCAAAUGACAAUGUAAGUU